CAUUCCUUCUCAUUCCGACAAACCAUUUCACUCAAUCCCCUGAUUUUCUUUUAUCCCUCAAAUCCCAAUCCCCAAAUUCGAUCGAAACCCUAACCCUAGAGCUGGAGAUGGGGGAGACGGAGGAGGUGUUGGAUAGGCUCGGAUCGGAGGCUGAGGAAUCGGGCAUGAAGAGCGAUCUUGCCAUGGAGAUUGAUGACGCUCUCCCGACCGAGGGUGUUGCCACGGCUGAGGACUGGCGUCGGACGCUUGCCAAGGUGGUGCCUUCCGUCGUCGUGCUUCGCACCAACGGUUCCCGCGCCUUCGACACUGAAUCCGCAGGUGCCGGCUAUGCUACCGGCUUUAUCGUGGACAAGACCCGAGGCAUCAUCCUCACCAACCGGCAUGUUGUGAAACCUGGGCCUGUGGUGGCGGAGGCGAUGUUUGUGAACCGUGAGGAGAUUCCAGUUCACCCCAUGUACAGAGAUCCUGUUCACGAUUUUGGAUUUUUCCGCUAUGAUCCUAAAGCAAUUAAAUUUCUAAGCUACGAGGAAAUUCCUCUUGCACCAGAAGCUGCGUGUGUUGGUCUUGAAAUCCGGGUGGUUGGUAAUGACAGUGGUGAAAAGGUCUCAAUUUUGGCUGGAACUCUUGCUCGCCUUGAUAGGGAAGCACCUCACUAUAAAAAGGAUGGAUACAAUGAUUUCAAUACAUUCUACAUGCAGGCUGCAUCCGGGACAAAAGGAGGGUCAAGUGGUUCACCAGUCAUUGACUGCCAAGGAAGAGCCGUUGCUCUCAAUGCAGGGAGCAAAUCAUCCAGUGCUUCUGCAUUUUUCCUUCCUUUAGAACGAGUUGUGAGGGCGUUAGAUUUAAUUCAGAAGAGUUGGGAUGCAUAUGGAAGCAUAUCUGAGGCAGUGACUAUUCCUCGUGGUACACUUCAGGUGACUUUUUUGCAUAAAGGAUUUGAUGAAACACGCCGGCUUGGACUUCAAAGUACAACAGAAAAGAUGGUCAGGCAUGUUUCACCUAUUGGCGAGACAGGAAUGCUUGUUGUUGAUUCAGUGGUCCCUGGUGGUCCAGCUUACAAGCUUUUGGAACCUGGUGAUGUCCUGGUUCGUGUGAAUGAUGGGGUAGUUACGCAGUUUCUUAAACUGGAGACAAUUCUUGAUGACAGUGUUGGCAGGGAGAUAGAAUUGGAGAUUGAAAGGGGUGGUGCAUUGAUGCCAGUGAAGUUGAUGGUUCAGGAUUUGCAUUCUAUUACUCCAAAUUAUUUCUUGGAAGUGAGUGGUGCAGUCAUCCAUCCAUUGUCCUAUCAGCAGGCUCGGAAUUUUCGCUUUAAUUGUGGCCUUGUGUAUGUUGCAGAAUCUGGGUAUAUGCUAUCCCGGGCAUCUGUACCCGACAUGCCAUUAUAAAGAAGCUUUACGGGAGAAGAUAUAUCAAAGUUAGAUGAUCUAAUCUCAGUUCUUGCAAAAAUUGACAAAAAGGUUCUCGGGUGCCUUUUGGAAUAUGUGAGCUACACAGACCGCUAUCGGAAUAAGUCGGUACUGGUCACAGUUGACCGUCAAGAAUGGUAUGCUCAACCUCUGAUAUAUACUCGGAAUGAUAGCACUGGGUUGUGGACAGCUCGACCAGCAAUAUUGGCAGAUUCUCUUCUGCUAACUUCUUCCAUUCGUCGAACACCAUUUGAGACAGAAUUUACUACAACUACAUUGGCUGAUGUUUCCAGUCAUUUAGAAGAUAAGCACCAAUAUGGAAACAUAGGUUGUGCUGAUGGAUAUGCUAGGAUUCAAGCUGAUGAGGAAAUUGCUGUUGAGCAAUCACAUUUGUGCGAGGAUGCUAACACCAAUAAGAAAAGGCGACGAGAAGGGGAGGAUUCAAGCAUUGAAGGUAGCAGUGCAUCUAAUGGAACCAUGCCUGAGCUCAAAGAAAGGAGAUUUGAAUGCCCUUCAAACUUAGAAAAUGCUGAUCUUUCAGACAGCCGUGUGGCGACAGCAACUAAUGCUUCACUAACAGCUACUAAUUCUUCGCCAGCAGAACAUGUUAUUGAGCCUGCCCUUGUAAUGUUUGAGGUUCAUGUCCCGCCAUCAUGCAUGCUUGAUGGCGUGCACUCUGCACAUUUUUUUGGAACAGGAGUUAUUGUACAUCACUCAGAAAAUAUGGGGUUGGCUGUUGUUGACAGAAAUACUGUUGCUGUAUCAGCUUGUGAUGUUAUGCUCUCAUUCGCUGCAUUUCCCAUUGAAAUCCCUGGAGAGGUUGUUUUUCUGCAUCCUGUUCAUAACUAUGCACUUGUUGCUUAUGAUCCUUCUGCUUUGGGAGCUGGGGCGUCCAUUGUUCGUGCAGCAGAACUUCUUCCUGAACCUGCUUUGCGUCGUGGAGAUUCUGUCUAUCUUGUGGGGUUAAGUAGGAGUUUGCAGGCAACAUCAAGAAGAUCUACUGUUACAAAUCCUUGCGCGGCUAUAAAUAUUGGGUCAGCUGAUAGUCCACGCUACCGUGCCACCAAUAUGGAAGUCAUUGAGCUUGAUACUGAUUUUGGCAAUACUUUCUCUGGUGUGCUAACUGAUGAGUAUGGAAGAGUACAAGCACUAUGGGCAAGCUUUUCUACGCAGCUGAAAUAUGGUUGUAGUUCUUUGGAGGAUCAUCAGUUCGUUAGAGGAAUCCCUAUAUAUGCAAUUAGUGAAGUCCUUGAUAAGAUAAUCAAUGGUGCGUCAGGACCUCCGCUUCUAAUCAAUGGCAUUAAGAGGCCAAUGCCUCUUGUUAGGAUUUUGGAGGUGGAGCUUUACCCAACCCUACUUUCUAAGGCAAGAAGUUUUGGGCUCAAUGACAGUUGGGUGCAGGCUCUUGCCAAAAAGGAUCCAAUAAGAAGACAAGUCCUGCGCGUUAAAGGUUGUUUGGCUGGAUCAAAAGCUGAGACCUUAUUAGAGCAAGGAGACAUGAUCCUGGCAAUUAAUAAAGAACCCAUAACAUGUUUCCGAGAUAUAGAAAAGGCUUGCCAAGAUCUAGACAAAUGCAUUGAUGGACUUAAUAUGACUAUCUUUCGACAGGGGCAUGAAAUGGAACUUAUAGUUGGAACUGAUAUCAGAGAUGGCAAUGGCACAACUCGAAUGGUGAAUUGGUGUGGAUGCAUAAUUCAAGAUCCACAUCCAGCUGUUCGUUCUCUUGGAUUUCUUCCAGAAGAAGGGCAUGGUGUGUAUGUGGCAAGGUGGUGCCAUGGGAGUCCAGUGCACAGAUAUGGUUUAUACGCCCUCCAGUGGAUAGUUGAAGUCAAUGGGAAACUCACCCCAGACCUGGAAACUUUUGUAAACGUCGUGAAGGAGCUAGAACAUGGAGAGUUUGUGCGAGUGAGGACAGUUCACUUGAAUGGAAAGCCCCGGGUGUUGACAUUAAAACAAGACCUUCACUACUGGCCUACAUGGGAGCUGAAGUUUGAUCCAGAAAGCACAACAUGGCGCCGAGAAACAAUUAAAGCAUUGGACAACAGCAUUGCAUGAUAAUUAUCUAGUUGCUGAAGUUUUCUUCCUGAAUCAUCCUCCAAGCAUUCAUUACUUCAUAUACACAGAUACACCUGGCCAUCAGUCAACAUUGGAUGGGGCAACUUUUCUUGAGUGGAAUCACAUUAUUGUUAUCUUCAGCAAGGAGGCUAUUCCAUGGCAGCCUUGAGAAAGAAUUCAGUUCCUUAAGUUAUAUGCAUUACAUGAUGCCAUCAUGCAAUAACAUCUUGUCUGAUAACUGACCUGAAGCAUGGGAAUUGGUGGCAAGGUGGAUACCAAGAAGCUCAGUAGUCUAGGACUAGGAGGAAGCUGAUAAUAAGAUAUUUCAUUUAUCCAGUUUGGUAUUUAAGGAAAGUGGGUUAUCUUUUUAUUUAUAUUAUUUUCUGCAUAUUGGUUCAAAACAAAUAAGCAUAAUAGCCCCUAUUGCCAAACCUUUUGACUGCUUCUUGUUUUUAUGUAAUUUAUCAUUGUACCAUUAAUUAUUUACUGUUUAACCAAAAUAAUGAACAGUUGUGUGAAUGGAAAAAAUCAUUGAUUA